AUGCCGGGAGCGCGCAGUGGCGGCAGCGGCGGCGACGGCAGUGAAAGCCGCGGCUCGGACGGGGACGCGAGCGGGGCGGUGACCGUGUGGGAGGUGGUCUCACUCUUGGCGAAGCUGCUGGGGACCGUCGCCGCGUUGAAGGUGGUUCUGUACCUGCUCCGGGUGUGCUUAGCGAUGGCCUGGAAAUCCGGCGGCGCCAGCCACUCGGAGCUAAUCCACAAUCUCCGCAAAAAUGGAAUCAUCAAGACAGAUAAAGUGUUUGAAGUGAUGCUGGCCACAGACCGCUCCCACUAUGCAAAAUGUAACCCUUAUAUGGAUUCUCCACAAUCAAUAGGUUUCCAAGCAACAAUCAGCGCUCCGCACAUGCAUGCAUACGCACUAGAACUUCUGUUUGACCAGCUGCAUGACGGAGCUAAAGCCCUGGACGUGGGGUCUGGAAGUGGAAUCCUCACUGCAUGCUUUGCACGGAUGGUUGGAAGUAACGGAAAAGUCAUAGGAAUUGAUCAUAUUAAAGAGCUAGUAGAUGAUUCAAUAAAUAACGUCAGGAAGGACGACCCGUCACUUUUGUCUUCAGGGAGAGUACAGCUGGUUGUGGGUGAUGGAAGAAUGGGUUAUGCCGAAGAAGCCCCCUUCGACGCCAUUCACGUAGGAGCCGCCGCUCCGGUCGUGCCCCAGGCACUAAUAGACCAGUUAAAGCCUGGUGGAAGACUCAUACUGCCAGUUGGUCCAGCGGGUGGAAACCAGAUGUUGGAACAGUAUGACAAGUUACAAGAUGGCAGCGUCAAAAUGAAGCCUCUGAUGGGGGUGAUCUAUGUGCCUUUAACAGACAAAGAGAAGCAGUGGUCCAGGUGGAAGUGAUUUUCUCUUCUGCUCUCUCUUCUGCACACACAAGGGACGAACUAUGAAAGCGACACCCGCUUGACCCGUCUGUUCUCUUACUGUGGAUUGCUCAUCUCAGUCCUCCAAGCAUUUUGAAAGCCAACAGCAUCACAGCUUGUUUUGGACUUUGUGACACUAUUAUUUUCAGCAUGAAAAUGUGUGGUUUUAUAGGGUUUUCUAAUUCUUCAGAGGCUCAGAGCCAAAUUGGCAAGAGGAGGGACGCAGAGUUCCACUUUGUGUGUCAUUAUUUUAACACGCCCACAUUUUACUUUAAAAUAUUAAAAAGAGAGGGUUUUGCAAAAUGGAAGCUUAGGUCAUUAACUGAUUUUGAGGAGUUGAUUUUCUUCGUUGGGCAUCGAAUGCUGACCCAAAAUUAAUCUACCAGACUUCUUUUGCGCAUCUGAUAACAUCACCACUCAUAGAUUUCUACUCUUGGCAUUUGGGUAUCUGUUAGAUGCUACUAAGAAAUAGAGGUGAGCUUUCUUUUCAAAGCUUUUGAUGUGGUGUCAUAGAAUAGCAUGCUGUAGAUACAGUCAGCGCUUUGUUACCUUAAAACUAGACAUCUGUAAAUACUGAAACCCAAGACGCUGGCAGGUGACAUCCUGUACACUCAGCUGUUCAGAUCAGACAUCUGACACAGUUCUCUCUCGAGAUGAUGGGGGACGCUUCGCUCAGUGUCGUUUCUGUUUCUAGUUUGCUGCUGCUGGUGUAUAUGAUCUAACUUCUGUGUAAGCUGUGUGCUGCUCUCUGCACAGGUUAUGCAGUGCUGCUUUGCCAAAUAAAGUGAAAAGCUAAAGAA